AUGAUACACCUUUUAUUCACACUUUUGAUGGUCCAAAUGGCAUUCAUCCUAAUACUCUCUUUUGCAAAUCCAUUAAGAAAUUUGUUAGUGAAGGGGCUAGACCUUUCAAAGCAGGGAAGAGGGCCGUUGGUCACAAAAACUGUGGCAGCAACUAUGCUUGUGGUCUUUGGCUCCACCGUCUACACUAUAACCAAUAUCCAAAAGCGUUCAAAGGAGGCUGGCUUGGUUAAUCCAACUGAUGAGGUUCUGAUGGCACAACGUCUCUUGGAAGCAACUCUUUUAGGAUUCUCUCUAUUCCUUGGAUUGAUUGUCGACAGACAACAUUACUAUAUUAGAGAGAUUAAUUUACUGAGGAAGAACUUGGAUACAGCGAAAAAACAAAGUCAAAAUCAUCAACUGUCAAAGAAAAGAGUGGCAGAGGAAACUGAGAAGACAAAGGUCAAUUAAUUGGAAUUUGAGGCAAAAUUUGCACUUGGCCUAUGUUCUGAAAAGGAAAA